AUGAAUAAUGAAGCUCGUCUCGAAAUUAGCAAUCUUAAAUCUGAUAAUUUUUUUCAUUUCAUAGAAGAAAUGACUAGUGAUAUUGAAGUUGAAAUUUUAAAAGUUCAAGGAAUUAAUAAUGCUCUUUCUUUGUUGCGAUCACAAGAUAUGUUUUCUAUAUUUAAAAUUGACUGUGAAGAGUUAAAAGAUUUACGAAAACGUGCUUGUUUACAGCUUAAGAAUGGUGAAUACAUGAUACGUCCAGCUAUUAAAGAAAAUCUUGAUUAUUGUAUAAAUGUUCUGAAAAAUAAAUUAAAUGAUCAACAAUCAUAUACUUCUCAAAAUGUGGAGCAAAGUUCACCAAAACAAUCUAAUUGCUUUGUGGAUAAAUUUCUUAAUAAUUUUUCUGCUAAUAUGAAUCGUUCCAAAUGCCAUUAUCAAUACAGUGCAAAUACCCAACGAUUUGCAUUAUCAGUAUAUGCACUAGGUGGACGCAAUGUUUAUCAGUUUUUACGAUUAAAUUUACCUGGUGCAUUUCCAUCAAUACCAACAUUAGAAGCUUAUUGUAAUGAAUAUUAUACACCUAUUGAAGAAGGUGAAUUUCGUUUUGAUGAAUUAGCUACUUAUUCUAAAACAAUAAAAUGUUCAUCUGGUUUCGUGUCUGAAGAUUGUGCUGGCGUUAUUAGUAAAGUGCAGUAUAAUGUUACAACUAAUUCAUUUGUCGAAUUAUGUCCAGAAUUAGAUAACGGUAUACCAAUACGUCGGCAAUAUCAAACUGACGACUUUCAUGAAUUGGAAGAUUGGUUUAAUACUGUGAAUCAAUCGACACAGAUAAAUAUUUAUACAAUUCAGCCGAUUAAAAAACUGCUUUCUCGUUGGUUAUUUAUAUAUGAACAAUGCAAAAGCAGAAAUUUUAGAGUUGCUGGAUUCACAACCGAUGCAGACCCAAAAUAUUUGAAAGCUAUGAGACUAGCUAUAGGAUAUUUUGCACAAUUAUCAAAUAUCAACCUAUUGAACAAUGACGACAUUUUUGAGAUACACAUCCCAGAUUCGUGGUCAUGGUUCUUUUUACGCACAAAACAAUCAUUUUUAUGCUUUCAAGAUCCAAUUCACUUAGCAACUAAAUUAAGAAAUCGGCUUUUAUCAACAACUGUCUCAUUGUUAAUGGGAGAAUAUACAAUAUCAGUGAAAGAUCUUCAAGAUAUCAUAGAUAAAUAUUCAAAAUUAGAUCAUAAUUUAGUUUUAUCGGAUAUAUACGUAAAAGAUAGACAAAAUUAUGCAUCAUGUUUAAAAAUCUCAUCACUUAAUGUUUUAAAUAUAUUAGAACAAAGUAAAAGCACAUUUGGAACACAUUGUUAUUUAACUGUUUUACGGUUUGUAACAGUUGCUUAUGUUGAUAAAACAACAAAUAUAUUAAUGAGAACAUUCUAUGCAUGGUCAACUGUCUUUAUUUCUCGAUUUUGGUUUACAUGGAUUCGAUGUAAAUUAACGACUCAGUCAAAAACGACAACUCAAAAGACACAUAUUCCAUUUUAUAAACCAAUACAACAUCAUUUUAUGACAUUUCCUGCAUUUCAUUCAAUUGAAAUAAAUGCACAUGCUUUAACCUUUAUUGUACUUCUAGUAUUAAAUGAGCAGCUGCCUAUCGAAUCAUUGAAUAUAUUCCUGUUUAGUUCACAGCCGUGCGAAAAUAUAUUUCGCACCGCCAGAGCAUUAACAGGACCCCUUUCCACCAUGACUAAUUCCACUAUAAAACAAUUUCUUUCAAAAACUAGAAAAAUUGGAAUUUUAAAUGAAAUUAAAAGUUUUGAAGAAUUCAAUACUGAUUUCGAUGCAAUUAAAUUUCCUAAACAUCAUAAGCAAAGCCAAAGCAAUGCAUUUCCAUCAACAACAAACGUUCAUGAACUUACACUGCAGAAUAUUGAAAAACAAAUUCAUGAGGCUUAUCAAUACGCAAGGAAUUUAGCUGAUAAAUUGGGAAUCUCUUCUCUUCUAAUAAAAAAUAACGCUUUUGAAUUAAAUGAUUUAUGUGUGCAUAUUCGUGGUGAUUUAGAAAAAAUUAUUUAUUUUGAUGAUGACUCCAUAUUAGAUAAUGGCAAUAAUAGUGAUUCAGAUGAAGAAACAACUUAUUCGUUAAUUUCAGACAUAGAAUAUGAUAGUCAAUCUUCAGGUUCAGAAACAGAAACUGAAUAUGCAACAUCAACAGAAGUUGGUUACGAUGGUAUGCGAAUAUAUUCUACAAUUCCUGACAAAGAUAAAUAUAAGUAUUUUGAAGUUGAAAUUAACAAUAAACUGAAAUAUAUCAACAAGCAAACUGCUGUUUGGUACCUAACUAAUAAAAACAGUCGGCUAUCCUCAGACAGAUUAGUACGUGUUCAAAAAAUGAAUAAACAGUAA